CGAAACUGAUAUUGCACCGAUAUUAAUACUCUGUUGCCUCUGUAGCUCCCAUCAUUCACCUCAAGUUUCCUACUCCGCAUCUCCGCCACCGCGAGCCGCUCUCCGGCACAGAGUUGCAGUUUGCUGCGAGGAUUCACGUCACCGGAGCGUGAUCUUCUGAAAAUCCUGUCUGCAUAGCGCCAUGAAUUCUCGAAGGGAUCGCAAUGCUAGAACUGCUCUGUUUGAUGGUAUUGAGGAAGGUGGCAUUAGGGCUUCAUCAUCAUACUCUUCUCAUGAGAUUGAUGAACAUGAGAAUGAAAAAGCACUGGAUGGACUGCAAGAUAGAGUCAAUCUGCUGAAAAGAUUGUCAGGUGAUAUACAUGAGGAGGUAGACACCCAUAAUCGUAUGCUGGACAGAAUGGGCAAUGACAUGGAUGCUUCAAGGGGAGUGUUAUCUGGAACCAUGGACAAAUUCAAGAUGGUAUUCGAGACGAAAUCAAGCCGGAGGAUGUUCACUCUUGUGGCAUCUUUUGUGGUUCUCUUUCUGGUGGUGUACUAUCUCACCAGGUAAAUGAUGACGAGCGUUCGGAUAUCUACUGGUUUUAUAGCUGUUGAUACCAGAUUCACAUUUGAUCAUGCUGUCUACAUCACCCUCUCAUAACCUUAAUAUCCGAACGUAUCUGUAAAGAUGUUUUAUGCAAAAUACUUUUUGAAUAGUAUGCCUUCUGGAAUGGAUAUAAUGACAACACUAGUGGUUGUUACCUUGUUAUAGAUACCAUUGCAGUUUGUUGAAAUGUUUAUGGCUUCAGUGAACUAAAUAGAAAUGCAAACCUUCCAGAAUUUUGCA